AUGAAGUACACCGUCGCCGUCGCCUCCUUGGCUGCUCUCGUCUCGGCCCAUGGUAACAUCACAUCACCUGCAGCCCGACUCGCCGGUCCAGCUAUGGCUGCCGCUUGUGGCCAGGCCGCCGUCGAUGCUGUGAACGCCGAUGGAACCAUUCCUCUCGAGAACAUAACUCCCGAGACCGCCGCUUGCAACCUCUUCCUCUGCCGAGGCGCCACCUUCGACGACAACGUCGCCCGGGUCCAGACUUUCACAGCCGGCCAGGUCGUUGACUUCACGGCGAUCCUGCCCAUCCCGCACGAGGGUCCCUGCAACGUCUCCGUUGUCGACACCGCUACCAACACGGUCAUCGGCCCACCGCUCAUCGAGUUCGAGAGCUACGCGGACGAGAACCUCGCAGAGCUUCCCGCCAAUAACACGGCGUUCAGUGUCACGAUUCCUCAGUUGCAGGCGGGUCUCUGCACCGUCGCGGGCCAGUGCGUGCUUCAGUGGUUCUGGUUCGGUACUGGAGCGCAGCAGACUUAUGAGAGCUGCGUUGACUUUGUUCUGGCUUAA